CGGAACGUGAGUGUUCUCAGCUGUGAUGCCACUUGAAGUGAACAAUCAAACAGACGUCACUGAAUUCGUCUUCUUGGGAUUUUCCAACCACCCCAACCUACAGGGCUUAUUCUUCCUGAUCUUCCUGGUCACCUACCUGACAACACUCCUCGGGAACAUGCUCAUAAUAACAGCCACCAAGAUCAGCUCUGCUCUCCACACUCCAACGUAUCACUUCCUCAGCAACCUGAGUUUCCUGGACAUCUGCUACGCGUCCACCACCAGUCCAGUCAUGCUGGGAAACUUCUUCCGGGAGAAGACGACCAUCUCCUAUGAGGGCUGCCUUUCCCAGAUCUUUUUCCUUGUGACCUGUGCUGGCACUGAAGGUGUCUUAUUGGCUGCUAUGGCUUACGAUCGCUAUCUUGCCAUUUGCCACCCUCUUCAAUAUCCUGUCCUCCUGAGUGUGAAAGUCUAUGUUUUUUUGGUAAUUGGAUCUUGGCUAUGUGGGCUGGUGAAUUCUGUGACACACACAGUGCUGGCAGCCACACUCACUCUGUGUGGGCCCAACAAGAUCAGCUACUUUCUCUGUGACAUCCCAAUGCUUCUGAAGCUCUCCUGCUCAGACACCUCUCUCAAUGAGUCUGUGCUCCAUGUGGCCAGUGCCACCAUCGGCCUGAGCCCCUGCCUGUUUACCGCAGUGUCCUACAUACUCAUCAUCUCUGCCAUCCUUAGGAUUCCCUCUGCUCAGGGCAGGAGCAAGGCCUUCUCUGCCUGUGCAUCCCACCUCACUGUGGUGGUGGUCUAUGGAACGGCCAACUUCAACUAUGAUAGACCCAGAGAGGGCUACUCCCUGGACGUGGACAUUCUAGUCUCUGUGCUCUUCUGUGUUAUGACCCCCAUGUUAAACCCCAUCAUCUACAGCCUGAGAAACAAGGAGGUCAAAUGUGCACUGAAGAAGCUGUCAGGAAGGUCUGGGUUCCCUGGCAACAUCAGUGUCUAGAUCAAUGGUCUUCAAA